CUAAACUAGCGAGAGAGGGAUUGUACUUAAAUCUGUGUUUAAACUAAAUUAACAAAUAAUUGUUCAGUUACAAUCAGUUUGACAGUUUUGAUCUCGCCCAACUAUACCUAAUCGGAAUCAUGUCGUUGAUACGUAAAUUGAUUUUCGCUUAUUUAUUUUUGUAUCUAACAACUUCACUGACUGCGUUUCCUUGCGACCUUUCUUAUCUCAAAUGCGGAGUGGUUUCUCUAGAAGAAGUAAAACUGUGUGGUAAGGAGGACAUACCUACGCAAGUAGAUUACACAGUAUUGAAGCAUAGUGGCUCAAAAAAUAAUACUGAAUCAGGUGUUGUGCGAGUUGGUUUCAAAAUACCCCCUAAAGUUGGAUGUAUCUACAAAGUAGUUUUGAUGGUCAAUCCUCAUAUAAAUACUACAUUGCAAUGCGACAGUUAUGAGUUUAACAAAAAAAAAGUUACGGAGACUUUCAGUCGUGAACUAACGAUCUGUCCUCAGAAAGAAACUAUGAUGACUAAAUUUGAUUUCCCAUAUGGUCAAAGCUGCAACUCAAGUAGACAAUUAGGAUAUAAACUUGAUCUAUUGUUUAAUAACGUAUUUACUGCCUGUUAUGGACUCGGAUUUAUCACGGAUUUGAGGGAAAUGAUCAUUCCAACACAAACAGUUAUUAGAACUGAUUACGAGAAAGCUGAUAUAGGCGAAAUCAAAAGUUCUUGUGGAUUCACACCAAAUAAAUUUGAAUCCGAUAAAACAAAAGACUCAAUGUCAGCUUUAUUUUCGAUUAACGUUUCUCAAGUUCCUAGAGAUGUCAAAGGUAUUUACGUAGGAGUAAGUAAUGAAAAAAGUAAUACCCAUGUGAUCCACAUACAGCAAAGCCGACGACCCCAUAGAGAAUCAGAAUAUGUAAAUAUUGACUUCCAUUACAAUUAUGGAUAUUGUGAAGGUCACGUGAGAGAUGAUGAUCCUCUUACUCUCGGAAGAAUUUCGUGCCAUUACCGUGAUUUUGAGUUUCAACCAAGUAGGAAUUAUAAGGUGUUGGUGCAUCUUGAGGAUGAUCGAUGCUCAGACGGGCUUCUUUGGAAUGCUGCAAAGCAAGAAGGCAUGAAUCAACGUUGCAUUUUUGAAACAAAGUGUACUCUUAAUGAAAAAUUGAUUGUUGAUGAAACUAUAGUAGAUAUACUAGAUGGAAGAGUCUCAUGGGGAAAAUAUUUGACUUUAAAAUUUCAGUGGUGUUUUGACAGAUUGGACAUAGCGAUGGGUUUGGUAAUUUGCUAUCUUAUUUUCCAUCUAUCAACGGCCAUAGACCAUGAAGAUGAUUAAACUUCAUUCACGUAGCAAUUCUACAUCUUUAAAAUUGUUAAUAUAACAAUAGGAUAAAAAAAAAUUAACGAGUUGUUAAUUUUUAUAAGCUGAAAAGAAAAAAAGGGAAUGCACGAAAUUCUCUGUGAAAUUAAAUGUAUAUAUUAUGAUUCCGUUUAGUACAAGCUAUAGGAAGAUAACGUUAUUUUGAUAAUUAAUAGUCUAAUUUUACUUGCAACUUUUUAAUCAUCGUUGAGAAAAUAUGUGUGGAUGACAAUGGAUAUCGAAAAGAUUCCGUAAAUAGAAAAAGUUUGCCAAAACUGAUAACAGUACAAUCAUUUACAAUUAUUAACGCUGCUUGAUGUAAAAUCUUGAUGAACGUUCAACAAAAGUUCGGUCAAUUUUUAAUUGAACAAUGGUAUAAAAAUUGAAUAAACAUUUUCUUUGCUAGCUUUAAAAUACAAUCAUUGGUUUUUGUCUUUAUAAAUGCAGCUUAGACUAAUUAGUUGCGUUUAUUGUUUAAAAAUAAAUCAACAUUAUUAUACAA